UCAAACACUUCCCACUUAACUAACCUUUAAUCUGUGGUUCAGGUUUUUCUGUUGGGCUCUCUUUAAUAUUCUUGACCCAAUCAAUAAUAACCAAAUCAAGAAGAUGAUUCUUACUCAUGUGUUGAGAGCCUAAAAGAAACAGACAACGCGAAGCUUCUCUUUACGCGAUGGCGUCUAUUUUCAGACCUUCAGUUUCACUUGUUCUACGACCCAAGGUAACUUGCACGAAUCAUGAUCACUCGACGAUAGAACGAUUUGACUUUCAGAAGAACAAGAGUCUGAGAAAAGAAAGGCUCAAUGGUAGGUGGUCAUGUGGCUUGAAGGCUAAUCAAGCACAAGGGUCAGCUGAAGGGAUUAGUGUGGUACAAGAGAAGGAGGUUAACAAUCAAACCGAUUAUGGAGUUGUUGGGGUACACCACGUUGGUGUGCUCUGCAAAAACUUAGAACGGUCACUGGAGUUUUACCAGAACAUUCUAGGGCUUGAGAUAAACGAGGCAAGACCGCAUGAUAAGCUUCCGUAUAGAGGAGCAUGGUUAUGGGUAGGCUCGGAGAUGAUUCAUUUAAUGGAGCUUCCAAAUCCUGAUCCAUUAACAGGCAGACCCGAGCACGGAGGCCGGGAUCGACACGCUUGUAUCGCAAUCCGUGAUGUUUCAAUUCUUAAACAGAUUUUGGACAAAGCUGGGAUUGAGUAUACGAUGAGUAGGUCAGGGAGGCCAGCGAUAUUCACUCGUGAUCCAGACGCAAACGCUCUUGAGUUUACUCAAGUUUGAUUCUUGAGUCUCUCUUCUUUAUAGAUAUAAAGUUGUUGAUACAUA